AUGCCAGCAAUUAUGACAAUGUUAGCAGACCAUGCAGCUCGUCAGCUGCUCGAUUUCAGCCAAAAACUGGAUAUCAACCUUUUAGACAAUGUGGUGAAUUGCUUAUACCACGGAGAAGGAGCCCAGCAAAGAAUGGCUCAAGAAGUACUGACACAUUUAAAGGAGCAUCCUGAUGCGUGGACAAGAGUCGACACAAUUUUGGAGUUUUCACAGAAUAUGAACACGAAAUAUUAUGGACUACAGAUUUUGGAAAAUGUGAUAAAAACAAGGUGGAAGAUUCUUCCAAGGAACCAAUGUGAAGGGAUUAAAAAAUACGUUGUGGGCCUCAUUAUCAAGACAUCAUCUGACCCAACUUGUGUAGAGAAAGAAAAAGUAUAUAUCGGGAAGUUAAAUAUGAUUCUUGUCCAGAUACUUAAACAGGAGUGGCCAAAACACUGGCCAACUUUUAUCAGUGACAUUGUUGGAGCAAGUCGGACCAGUGAAAGUCUCUGUCAGAAUAACAUGGUGAUUCUGAAACUCUUGAGUGAAGAAGUAUUUGAUUUUUCUAGUGGACAGAUAACCCAAGUGAAAGCUAAGCAUUUAAAAGACAGCAUGUGCAACGAAUUUUCACAAAUUUUUCAGCUUUGUCAGUUUGUGAUGGAAAAUUCCCAAAAUGCUCCACUUGUACAUGCAACUUUAGAAACGUUGCUCAGAUUUCUUAACUGGAUUCCGCUUGGAUAUAUUUUUGAGACCAAGUUAAUCAGCACCUUAAUUUAUAAGUUCCUGAAUGUUCCAAUGUUUCGAAAUGUCUCUCUGAAGUGCCUCACUGAGAUUGCUGGCGUGAGUGUAAGCCAGUAUGAGGAGCAAUUUGUAACGCUAUUUACACUGACAAUGAUGCAGCUAAAACAGAUGCUUCCUCUAAAUACCAAUAUUCGACUUGCAUACUCAAAUGGAAAGGAUGAUGAACAGAACUUUAUUCAAAAUCUCAGUUUGUUUCUCUGCACCUUUCUUAAAGAACAUGGUCAACUUAUAGAGAAAAGAUUAAAUCUCAGGGAAACACUCAUGGAGGCCCUUCAUUAUAUGUUGUUGGUAUCUGAAGUAGAGGAAACUGAAAUCUUUAAGAUUUGUCUUGAGUACUGGAAUCACCUGGCAGCUGAACUCUAUAGAGAGAGCCCGUUCUCAACGUCUGCCUCUCCAUUGCUAUCUGGAAGUCAGCAUUUUGAUGUUCCUCCUAGGAGACAGCUGUAUUUGCCUGUAUUGUCCAAGGUCCGUUUAUUAAUGGUUAGUAGAAUGGCUAAACCAGAGGAAGUAUUAGUUGUAGAAAAUGAUCAGGGAGAAGUUGUAAGAGAAUUCAUGAAGGAUACAGAUUCCAUAAAUUUGUAUAAGAAUAUGAGAGAAACAUUAGUUUAUCUUACUCAUCUGGAUUAUGUAGAUACGGAAAGAAUAAUGACCGAGAAGCUUCACAAUCAGGUGAAUGGUACGGAGUGGUCAUGGAAGAAUUUGAAUACAUUGUGUUGGGCAAUAGGCUCCAUUAGUGGAGCAAUGCAUGAAGAGGAUGAAAAGCGAUUUCUUGUUACUGUUAUAAAGGAUCUAUUAGGAUUAUGUGAACAGAAAAGAGGCAAAGAUAAUAAAGCUAUUAUUGCAUCAAAUAUCAUGUACAUAGUAGGUCAAUAUCCACGAUUUUUAAGAGCUCACUGGAAAUUUUUGAAGACAGUAGUUAACAAACUCUUCGAAUUCAUGCAUGAGACCCACGAUGGAGUCCAGGACAUGGCUUGUGAUACUUUCAUUAAAAUAGCGCAAAAGUGCCGCAGGCAUUUCGUUCAGGUUCAGGUUGGAGAAGUAAUGCCAUUUAUUGAUGAGAUUUUGAACAACAUUAACACUAUAAUUUGUGAUCUUCAGCCUCAACAGGUCCAUACAUUUUAUGAAGCUGUGGGGUACAUGAUUGGUGCACAAACAGACCAAACAGUACAAGAACAUUUGAUAGAAAAAUAUAUGCUACUUCCUAAUCAGGUUUGGGACAGCAUAAUCCAGCAAGCAACCAAAAAUGUGGAUAUACUUAAAGAUCCUGAAACAGUCAAGCAGCUUGGUAGCAUACUGAAAACAAAUGUGAGAGCUUGCAAAGCAGUUGGACAUCCAUUUGUGAUUCAGCUUGGGAGAAUUUAUUUAGAUAUGCUUAAUGUAUACAAGUGCCUCAGUGAAAAUAUUUCUGCAGCUAUUCAAGCUAAUGGUGAGAUGGUUACAAAGCAACCAUUGAUUAGAAGUAUGCGAACAGUAAAAAGAGAAACUUUAAAGUUAAUAUCUGGUUGGGUGAGCCGGUCUAAUGAUCCACAGAUGGUAGCUGAAAAUUUUGUUCCUCCUUUGUUGGAUGCAGUUCUCAUUGAUUACCAGAGAAAUGUCCCAGCUGCUAGAGAGCCAGAAGUACUUAGUACUAUGGCUAUUAUUGUCAACAAGUUAGGAGGACAUAUAACAGCUGAAAUACCUCAAAUAUUUGAUGCUGUUUUUGAGUGCACAUUGAAUAUGAUAAAUAAGGACUUUGAAGAAUAUCCUGAACACAGAACGAACUUUUUCUUACUACUUCAGGCUGUCAAUUCUCAUUGUUUCCCAGCGUUCCUGGCUAUUCCACCUGCACAGUUUAAACUUGUUUUGGAUUCUAUUAUUUGGGCUUUCAAACAUACCAUGAGGAAUGUAGCAGAUACAGGCUUACAGAUACUUUUUACAUUGUUACAAAAUGUUGCACAAGAAGAAGCUGCAGCUCAGAGUUUUUAUCAGACUUAUUUUUGUGAUAUUCUUCAGCAUAUCUUCUCUGUUGUGACAGACACCUCGCAUACUGCUGGUUUAACAAUGCAUGCAUCUAUCCUUGCAUAUAUGUUUAAUUUGGUUGAAGAAGGAAAAAUAAGUACACCAUUAAAUCCUGGAAAUCCAGUUAACAACCAAAUGUUUAUUCAGGAAUAUGUGGCUAAUCUUCUUAAGUCCGCAUUCCCUCAUCUACAAGACGCUCAAGUAAAGCUCUUUGUGACAGGACUUUUCAGCUUAAAUCAGGAUAUUCCUGCAUUCAAGGAACAUCUUCGGGAUUUCCUGGUACAGAUAAAGGAGUUUGCAGGUGAAGAUACAUCAGAUCUCUUUUUGGAAGAACGAGAAACAGCCCUUCGACAGGCUCAGGAAGAGAAACACAAACUUCAGAUGUCUGUCCCAGGCAUCCUCAAUCCACAUGAGAUUCCAGAAGAAAUGUGUGAUUAA